AUGCCUUCCGAUAGCGAAAACAUCACCUAUCUGUAUCUGAUCUUAACUCAGAAUGGCUCUCCGAAUAUCGACUGGGAUGCUGUCAGCGCUGCCCUCGAUCUCAACAAGGGCGCAGUGACAAAGCGCUGGUCCCGCCUCAAGUCAGCUAUAGAGAAACAGCAAACGCCUAGCAGCUCUUCAUAUCCCUUCCUCUGGCUCUGCGUUAAGCACAGCACCCGCACGAAUCCUAUCAACUGGGAUGCCAUCGCUAGAGCCUGCAACACUACAACUGGCGCAGCAUCCAAGCGCUAUUCUCGUAUGAAGCUGGCGUUUGAGAAGGGCGACACUGCACCGAGUUCUCCCGCUAAGACUACUCCUGCUAAGGCCAAGGCUGCUCGCAAGCCCGUUAUCAAGGACGAAUCUGAGGUUUCCGAGAGCUUCAAUACAUCGCCCAACGCAAAGCGCAAGCGUUCAGCCCUCAAGACCACCGAUGUUCUUGAGAACGAAGAUGAAGAGUCAGAUGUCAAACCAAAGCGUGUCAAGCGCAACGUGACUAAGAAAGCGGCCGUCAAGGAAGAGGAAGAGGAAAGUGAUGUGUUCUUCGAUGCUCACGAAGCCACCGGAGCAAUCACUGAAGCAGCGGAUGUCAAGUCGGAAGAUCAUGACUUGCUUCCUGUGGAUGACUUGUGCGCUUGA